CCGACCAACCCACUAUGGCGAGCUCAUCACACUCCCCAUUCGACGACCUCCGCGUCUCUCUCGACCCUACCACCAUAGACCUCGCGCUCGGCCAGAAACGUGUGAAAGCUAUCGACCAUGACGGGACCAUCAUCUACGAAGACGACGAAUCGCUAGAAACAGACCUCACAUCCCAGCUGGAAAGAAUAUGGAACGAAUACCCCAACGGUCUACUCGACCUCUCUGAAAGCAAGCUCGCAUCCCUCCCGCCAGAUGCUAUUGCUUUCCAGUCCAAACCCGAAGACGGCGAAGGCGAAGGCGGGGGGGGGGAGGGGGGGAAGAAGAAGAGGGAUGUUUUCAAGAUGAUGGAGUGGGAUGAGAUGGAGAGGUUGAGGUCGGAGAUGUAUAUGCAGCUCAACGAUGCUCGGAAUGAACUCUGGUUCGCUCUAGAACUCGUCAAAACCCUAUCCGUCUCCUCCGCCUACACAUCCCAACCCCCUCCCCCGCCUACGACGCUCCAUCAAAACCAAAAUCAAAAUCAAAAGAAACAGCCCAAACCCAAACCCACCCCUGCCCCACCAGUCCCCCCACCCACAAUCCCCGGCGAACCGCCCAUCCUGCCCCCCGGCACGUACACUACAACCCCCUCAUCCCUCCCCUCUGUGCCCCUGCAUAGUACGGUAAACGACCUCAUCCAGCUGGUGCACGCAAGGGAUAAGGCGGUGGGAGAGGCUUUGGGGCUGGUAGACGGGGCGGUGGAAGAGCUGGAGUUGAUGGGCCGGGCAGGGGACCGAUUCUGGCGCGACGUCCGAGGGCUGCGCGAAGGAAAGGGAGGGCGGGGCCGGUGGGCGAUCGUGCCCAAGCCCGAUUUCGCGCGACCGACACCAACGAAAGACGGCGAAAAAGCCAAAGACGUGAUCAUACCCUACGCCAUCGACGAAGCCUCCCCUGCCACCCGAUCACGCUGUAUAGCAGGCUUCGACCUCGACCCGACGAUACCGACGUCGCUCUCGUUCCCUGCGAGGGGGUAUCGAAGGGUGAGGGUGGUGGUGAGGGAUAAGGCGGCGGGGACGGUGGUGAGUUCGGGGGUGGAGGCGGAGGGGAAGGCGGGGGAUGUGGGGGAGGAGAUGGUGAGGGCGCAGAUGGAGGCUUUUGAUGAAGACUUGUUCACCCAAAUCCGUAUAGAAGCGUCCAUCCUAGACAAGAGCAUCAUCGAACCUACCCAAGUCCAAAUCCAAAUACCCACAUCCUCCCACACGCUCAUAUUCCAACUCUACUCGCCUCCCUCUGCUCCUUCCCCUUCCCCUUCCCCCUCUCCCUCCCACUCCCAGACUCCGACAAGCCCGCUGUGCAAGCUCCUGUUGGCAAGUGCGAGGCUCAACCUCCUCUCGGGCUUGAGGGUGCAAAAGCAGAUUCUCGUAGCACCUUCGCCCUCCCUCCGGACCCCUUCUUCUUCUUCUUCUUCUCCAGGAGGUGUCAUUGGGAGUCUGGUGGAAGGGCUGGAGUUCAAGAGUCUGUGGGAGGGGGUACAGAGCGUAGUAGCUUUUUUGGGCAAAGCGCUGGAAGGUGCUGGGGUAGAGGCUGAGGUUGGGUGGGAGGUCGUCAGUGCGGGGAAGGGGAACGAGACGGGAGAUCGGGGGAUCAUGUCGCUCCUUGGGCAAGUGCUGCAAGGGCAAAAGUUGGGAGAAGGGCUCAAGGUGGUUUGGUCGUUAUCCCUCGGCGAUAGUGGAACUAUUAAAGUCUCACUCUCCCCACCCACCUCACUCCUCAUCACCCUGCCCUCUCACAACGCCACCCCCACCCCCUCCAACGCCAACGCCAACCCCUCAGGUCCUCCGCCUCCAGGCCGCCCUCCUUCUCCGUCAAACGCAAACUCAGACCCAACAAAGAGUACAAGCUCAUUCCCACUAACGAACCCCGAAGAAUUAUCGUACAUCCUCGCAGGCGAAUUGGAACGGCAGCUGUUGGCGGGGAUUGAGGGCCGGUUGAAGGCACGGUCUUUGAGAGAGUUUGGCGGGGGCAAGGGGAAGGGGAAGGAGGUAUGGUGGGAUAAAUUGGUGGGGGUCGUGCAAGUUGGUCGAAGAACGUUGAGGGUUUCAUUACCGCCGCCGUAUCAUACCAUCUACGCGUUCAUCUCUUCUCCUCCGACUCCUCCUUCUCCUCCGACUCCUCCGGCUCGAGCGGUGGUAGGAGAUGAUGGUGGGAAUGAUGUUGGGCAGGAUGGGACUGUGGUAGAGACUGAGGGAAAGCAGGAGAAGGAGGAGGAGGAUAGCGAGGAGAAGAAGAAGAAGGAGGGAGAGGAAAAGUAUGAUUCGAGGGAUUCGGAGGGAGGGUUGUGGAAUUGGGUUGAUGGGCUUGAACUGUAG